AUGGAUGACAGUCAUGACUGGUCAUUUCUAAGUGAUCCUGAUGGCUCUUUUGAACUAAUUUCGGAGAGAGAUGCGAAUUCAUCACCCUCAUUACGUUCCCUCAGAAGCGUCCGAAGCCUUGGAAGCCUCGAACUUUCACCUCCACUGGCCCUGUCAGACUGGGGCUCAGAUGAAGAAGGCAGUAGCAGCGGAAGCGAGAAUUCACUGCGAAGCAGCCGUUCCGCCCCGGAUCUGAGACAAUUGCAACAGCUUCCACCUGUUCCAAAACUGGACUAUAGCAAGCAUGGUCCUGCUCUGGAGUGGUUUAUGUCUCAAACUUUCCUGGAUGACAGCUGGAAAACACCUCCUGAUUUUACCACUGAAGUCGUGGACAAGCGUGCCCGAGCCCCUUUUCCGAGUUUUGCAUUUGAGGGAUCGACUCGAAAUCAUCGACAUGAUGCGUACUACAACAUUUUGCUUCGUCGUCGAAAGAUUAGAGAUCGUUACAAGGACCGCGAGCUCCAGAAUUUGGGUAAUACGCCGGACUGCGACUGGCGCUGGUGUGGUUUCCCUGAGUGCGAAGCGUCGACAUGCCGGUACACCAUUGAGUUCAAUGACGGCUUUGGCAUUUUUGCACACAAGAUCCUAUGCUAUAAUGACAAGGACUCCAGAAAAGAUGUGUUGAGGGUCCUCUUAUCCGACUUUGAGAGUACAGCUGAAGACUUGGAAGCUGGAAUCCAUGAUCAUGUAGCAUUUGCAGUUUCCCCGCCGAUCCUCUGCGCCAUGGCUGAUUGUGUUCCAACGUUUUUGGACAACGACGGGAACAAACGAGGGACAUUCAUAUCCGCUCAGGACAUCCAAACAGCAGAAAUCAACUUUGAGGAGAUUAUGGUCACUAUGUCAAAGAAUAGUAGGGAAGAACAAGCUCGAUUGCACAAGCGAAUCUGGGCCAACGAAGGCCACGCGGUGUCGAAAACUGCCCCUGAGUUGGUGCUUGAGUACUUCAUGCGAGCCGAAGCAUGGCGUAAACGACAAACUGAAAGAGGUUACCCAUGGAAUUGGGUAAAUGGAGCUUCGGUCGGCAUCUUCAAGAUUAUACUCGGCACGUUGAGGCGCCAGUUCGAGGACGGUCGUCUGAUUUUGAGUGAUGGGUCUCAAAAGGGCAACGCAAAUUAUCCUCGAUCGGGUUGGCCGUGCUACACGUCUCUUGGCCACCCCAUUGCCCGCAUCCUCUCUGAAAUCGUCCCCGACGUGUUCGUCCUCGCCACCUUUACGCUGUUCUCGCCCGUCCAGAAACCCACCGAGAUGGCUUCCGGCGGUUUGUACCCGACCCCCACGCCCUCCUGGUUCACUCUGGCCGACCGCCAUCACCUCGAGCGCGUUCUCGACGUGUCAGGCUACUCGCGCAAGGGGAAUAAAACGGCAGACACCCUCGAUGAAGAAGCUCGGCGGAAUCUCAUUGAGAUCGACUACCACCUUUUCCAGGAUGGUCUCCCUGACUACUUCGACCGCUCAAAGCGCUACGAUCGGCAGCCUGGAGACCCUCUCGAUCGCAUGUUUGCUGCGCUUCCCACGCCGGCCGAUGACGAAAAGGUCAUCUCUCCGGACGUAAAGCUCGAGAAGGGCAUUGCUGACUACAACCGCCGAUUUGUACUCGCCCUUUGGCCUUACGCGAACUCCUCACUCCAGCGUGUCGUCCAGAUUUCAAGCGACCCCAACGCCCAUGAUUACUGGUGGCUGACGCGGUUUGCGUUCUCCCUCCACGAACGGUCUGAUCUCUCCAUCCGUUGCACCUUCAGCCAGCUUCUCGGUCAACUCGCUGUCUCUGGCACUAUUCCAGUCAGCCCGGCCCCCGUCGCCGCCGAUGAACUCUCCGUACCUGGUGCCUAUCCUGCAUCUUCCUCUUCGAACGAUGCAACCGAACUACCCAGAAAGCAAGCCUGGCUUCGAUACACUCGAUUCAUCUACCAAGGACGACAUGACGAGGAUUCCGAUAACCGUUUACAUCAAGUAGCUGCGAGUACAAAGUUGAAUGAUCUUCAUGAGCUUCUUGAUGUGAACAAGUGCGCUUUCUGUCACGUUCGCUGCGCCAAUUCACCCAAUAGGUUGCGGCACUGCUCAGGCUGCCACGUCGAGGCAUUCCGCUACAUGAGGCGCGCCUAUUGUUCGGAGAAGUGCCAGAAGGCAGAUUGGUCAAAUAACCACUACUACGCUUGUCAGAAGCGAAAGCACUUCCUCCGCGCCGUCGACAUGCUACGUGCGGUGGCUCAAAAGUUCCAAAGCUUUACCUAUUCGGAGCUUUUCACUGAUGCGGCAGUGACGAUGAAUCUAGAUGGAAGAGGAGACAUGCCCGCGACGGAAGACCUGGCUGACAAGAUGACUAUGAAGAACUCUCGCACCGUUUUCUCGUCAACAGUCGCAGCUUGUGGGCCCUGGCUUGGUCGAGAAGGUUUGGACUGGAAGGCAUGUCUGAAAACAGCGGACCCGGAUGUCAAGAGGAAGCUUUUAGCGUGGGACGCUACUGACAACAUCUACUACCACCUUCAGGGUUUGAUAUACCUCAUCCUUGCGCCACACUGCGAUGCGAUUGUCGAGAUGACCGUCCUCAGUCGCAACGCUGAAUGGAUUGCAUCCACUGCUGGCGACAUAUCCCGCGAAACCAAUGAGUUUCAGACCUCAAAAGGCAAAGAUCCUAUGUUCUGGCCUCGCCCAAUCCUCAGCUGCCACAUCAGAGGCGUCUCGACGGAAGAAGGUGUGUACGUGAUUGACCUUCUUGGUUCAAAAGUUGGCCAUGAUCACAUUGUGCUCCCAUACGAUGCUUACGUCAAAUCUCGUCAUGUGUCGUGCCUGUCCUCGGUGCCGCUUUACCCUACCGAGAGAUGGGUUCCUCACCCUUAUCCUGUCGAACAGAAGGGCCUCGUCGUCACUCGCGACGGUAUUUCAGAGGCUCUUCGGUCGUCGAUUAUGAGAUACUUCGCCCAGCACUGGGCGGACAUGAAAGGGCCAGGGCACCUGGCCAAGUUGAAGGAAGAGCCGUACGACGUAUAUCUCCAGCACUUUCUGAAAUUGACAGAUAAGAUUCUGGAGGACGCUACCGCAAAGAGUCGUGCUGCCGGCCACUGCCAACGAUACCUCCACCACGACCCCAACCCGUAUUCGCACGAGUACACAAUCGGAAUGACAUGGAGAGAGGCCGAGGUUUCUGUCUACAAGAACGUAUGGAUGAAAGCCAAUGCGCACAAGACCAUCAUGGGCACCAUUAGCGAGCAGAACAAAAGACUACCGGCCGGGUCGGAGACGCGCCGCCUUAUCCUUAUGUGGAUCGACCGGUUGGUGAAGCACCGCCAGAAGCAUCCAUUUGAUGCUGCAGAUAUCCUCGGAUUGAAGCUUUCCAAGCAUUACAACCUCGCUGGAGAUUUUGGUCUCGAAGAGACACGUGCGAUCGAGUCUUCGUUUCUGCAGUGGAGCGGUGUCCCGAAGCGUGAGGUUGAGCGAUUCUUCACCUUCUGCGAAAAGAUGCUCGGUGGCAACAAAUUGGACGGCCCCAUCACACCUGAGCUGUUCCGCACUCUGACGAGCCCAAAUGGAGCAAUGGACUUCAUGAAGAACAUGACCCCAGACGAAGCUCAGAUGUUCCUUGGUAUCGGUCACUUGAUGAUGAGCCCAAGUGCAUCUGAUACCAUUGAACACCUGCAGGCAAAGCUUCACGGCCUGAACAUUGCUAAGAAGUGA